CAAACAGACCCCUGAACGCGGUGGUGUCUGUCUGUCAUGUCAACGCGAAUUGCUUCACUUCGGGAGGGCAUCUCUGAGAAGAAGCUUCUUCCUGAAAGUGAAACUAUUUACAGCCACAACGAAGUCUCACAGUGAAGUGAUUGAUGAUAGCGUACGCAGGUGUCCGAUAAGCGCCACCACUCUCCACUUCACCGAGGGGUUCAUUUGAAGACACUUUUGCAGCCACAGUCAGUCGCAUUGCCCGCAGUUUCUCAUUAGGCUCAUCAUCUGUGUGGGUGCCUGUCUGCCUGUGUGCAUGCCCCCUUCUCAUUACAGCGUCUGCCAGCGGUCUCGACAGCCAACCAGCCAGUUUCCUUGCCAGUGAUCGCGCGAUCACUUUACACACAAGAGUGUUGGUGCGAACCCUUUCUGCCCGACAAUAGACGCCAGGACGCAGGGACUGACGAGGAUUGUCGAGCGAGGUGAUAACGGUGGUUUGCAAAACGAGUGUCUGUGCGCGACUAUAAUAACCCAUUCGAUAUCAAAGGCGCAGGCCGCGGCCCGGGGGCCAUCGAAUUAGUCUGCGUUGUCGUAGGAGCAAUUAAACGGUUAAUACAACGGUCGUGCGAUAAGGCGCAAUCGGUUGGAAUCGGUGGUCGCAUGAUUUGGCAAUACGGAAUCAGCUGUUCAACCAUUGGUCGCACACCAACACGCCGCUCCGUAGCGCCCUUUGUACUGCGCCCCAGGGCCACUCGCCUGUGGCGGCCACUGAUAGUGAUUAGUGUGUCUAGCGAGCGCAGAGUGUGCGUGUAAUGAUCCGAGCAGUGGUCAAACAGUGCGUGAAUGAUUUGUUUUGAAUGCAGCUCGUAGCAAAUCCGUAGCGAUCGUACUGGCCGCUAACCGUCGCUAGUCACUCCGGCGCACCUUGAAUACCCUUCUACCAGCACCAUCACAUCCUUCGAACGGGCAACUGUGCAACGCUCGAUCCCAAAAAUACUCGGAGACGAACACUUUACCGCGAACGGAAAUUCCAUUACCCAGCGCACGAUCCCUCACCACGUGGCCAGCAGAGUGCACUUUGGAAAACACCGACAACCACGACCACAACCACAAAAAACCGCGCAAAACGGGCACGUUUCCCGGCUCUACCAAACGCCGAUUAGUAUCCCGCUGGCUGGCGGAUCGCUGGCCGGAAAGCAGAGCAAAUGCAGCCGGACGAAAUAAAUCAAUAGAACUCAUUUCAUUAUUAAUAAGCAGCAGCAGCAUUCCUGUGUGAGCACGCGGUUUACAGGGGAUUAAAUUUGGCGAGCCCCCAACACACACACACACACACCCACACAACAUUUGCCGAAAGCGGAAUGCAGAUGCACUUGCGGAUGUUGGAGAACGAGGCACCAAGAAACUAGACUGAAAACACCACCCCCGGUGGUGGUGUCACGCAGAUCUCACGCGGAGCAACAUGACAAUAAAUCCUGUACCUUGCCACCGUUUUAACUACUCUGAACUGCAGCUGCAAGUUUGCUGCAAGAAGCAGUAAAGUGUCCUUUUAGAAAAGUUGAAAUCUACAGCAAAGCUCCCCCGAGGAACCCUUUUGCCCCGGUGUGCAGUCGGGAGUGAAGCUGAUAACCUUACCGAAGGAGCAGCAGAGAAGUUGGAAAGCUCGGUUUGCUUUCACUAAGAAAUAAACUCAAAAAAAAUCGAAGAAAAGUUCUCCUACCCCUACCUACCAGCCCAGUUCCAGCAGUUGAAGAGCGAUGGAUCUGAAACACUCGAACGUACCGGAAGUGACGGUCGUGGCCGACGCUUACAUGCCCGGGAGCAAGUCAUCGGAUUUGAUCAAACCGCCGGUCACCAAUGGAUCGAGUGCGACACUCGACAAGCCCGCCCUGCCAGCCGGUGAGUUCCGGAUGUACAAGCGGCGCUGGCUGGUGCUGGCCCUCUUCGUAAUGUAUUCCGCCUCGAACGCGCUCCAGUGGAUCCAGUACAGUAUCAUCGCCAACAUCGUACAGCGAUACUACAACAUCACCAGUACCUGGGUCGACUGGACGUCGAUGAUAUUCAUGAUACUCUACAUUCCGCUCAUCUUUCCGGCCAGCUGGAUACUGGAUAAAAUGGGUCUUCGCAUCGCUGCCAUCGCCGGUGUCCUCGGUACCUGUCUCGGCGCCUGGGUCAAGUGUUUCUCCGUCAGUCCCGAGCUGUUCUGGGUCGGCUUCAUUGGCCAGUCGAUUGUGGCCGCCUCGCAGGUCUUUAUCCUAUCGCUACCGGCCAAGGUGGCCGCCGUCUGGUUCGGUCCGGAUCAGGUCUCGUCGGCCUGCAGCAUCGGCGUCUUUGGCAACCAGCUCGGUAUCGCGGUUGGCUUCCUCGUGCCACCGAUGCUGGUGGAGAACCAUGACGACAUCAGUCUCAUCGGUGAUGACCUUCGGUUGAUGUUUUACAUUGUCGCCGGUUUUACCUCGGUACUCGUCGUACUGGUGAUAUUCUUCUUUAAGGCGGCCCCACCAACACCACCGUCCGCGGCACAGGAAGCCACCAAAACGCCCAAUCCACUCCAGUCGUCGCCGUUCCUGCACUCGAUCAAGCGGCUCAUGCUGAACCGGAACUACGUGCUGCUGCUCAUCUCGUACGGCAUGAACGUCGGCGUGUUCUACGCCAUCUCGACGCUCCUCAAUCAGAUCGUCCUUACGCACUAUCCGGGGCACGAGGUCGACGCUGGCCGGAUCGGUGUGUGCAUCGUGUUCGCCGGAAUGCUCGGUUCCGUUGCCUGCGGUAUCGUGCUCGAUAAGACGCAUCGAUUCAAAGAGACAACGUUGGCCGUGUACGUGUUCACCAUGAUCGGGAUGUGGAUCUACACCUUCACCCUUUCCGUGGGCCAUAUCGCCGUCGUGUACGUCACUUCCUCGCUGCUCGGCUUCUUCAUGACCGGCUAUCUGCCGGUUGGGUUCGAGUUUGCGGCGGAACUGACGUACCCGGAACCGGAGGGAACGUCGACCGGGCUGCUGAAUGCGGCCGCCCAGGUCUUCGGGAUCACCUUCACUAUGCUGUACUCGGAGCUGCUCAACACGAGCGGUGACAUCGUCGCUAACGUGACGAUGGCGGUCAUGCUGCUCGUCGGUUCCGUCGUUACCGCCGUCAUUCGAUCGGAUUUGCGUCGCCAAGCGGCCCAAAACCCACAGCACAACCCGUAAGGCGGCUAUAGUUCGCGGCUGUUUUCGCAGAUAAGUGCAAUGUUGGGCGCGACCGCGUUCCAGUGACCAAGUCACGCCACAGGCGCCUUGGUCUAUCUUUAGUAUGCCUUAGUACUAGCAACUGUUUUUUUUGUUUUAAGAUGUUUUACUUCCAUUUUAUGAUAUUAUGUUGGAACUUUUUUUUUUGUGGAAAUUUAAAACAAAACAUAAGAAACAAGCGAGUGAGUCACUCGAUCGUUUUUGGGCGAAGCGCAUUGGAGGACAGUGGCUGCCGUAUCGUGUUGCUACUACUUUUUCAAUUUCAAUUUCCCCGCAAGUUUCUCCACCCGUUGAAAUGCAUCCCUCUCAAAAACCGACUCACAACAAAAAGGGUCCCAAAACCGAAGCAGGAAACUAACCUCGAAGCCGUUGAACCGGCAAAAGCGUCAAUUACACAAAAGAACAUUCCGUCGUUGCUGCUCCUGUGGUGGUUUUUGGGGUUUUGUGACCCUCGACCGUGGGUGGCGUCGAUCAUAAUUCUUUCCAGGCCCCCCCGGCGGCGGUACGUCGCCGCUUUUCAUCGCCCGACGAAUGGCCGGAAUUCCGCGAAUUCAUUCCGCUUUGCAUUCUUCGCCGGGUCAAGAAGCGGUUCGCGCUGCCGCUUCUUAGUGGAGAGGGGUGGGGUGAACAGGCAGGUCGUUACAAUUUUUACUCCCGACACUUUUGGCGCAAGGGAUCGUUUGUAAUGGAUUCCCUUUUUUCUUUUUUUUUUUCUUAUUCAUUCGAACCCCGGAAAACGGAAAACCCACACACACUCGGAUGAUGUGACGUAGCUGAUUUGGCACAACGAAAAUGGCACUAACCCGCCCAAGCAAGGAUCUGCUUAUUUUCUUAGCGCCUUCUUUCUGGCCUCUGGAGGCGGAAAACGAGAAACAGAUUUUUUUUUUCUAACAUUCCAGUCCGCACCACCGGUGGGUGGGAUUUUCGGGGACCACAACCGGUUCGCCGGUUGUUUACUUUCCUCCGUUCUGCCAACUCUGUCCUUCGAGGGCCAUUUUGUAACGACGAUUUCCGGGUUUCGAGGCUCAAUAACAGGCCAGUUAGAGAAAAAAAGGGGGUGGAAAUCAUUUGCUAAACAUCCUUCUAGGAUUUUCCUCAUUUUCUUAUGUGCGGCUCGAGUAAACGGGACGCCCUGGGAUAAAUCUAUUGUAAACAGACGCCCGUUCUGGCAAGAAGUGCCGUUGUUAAGACGUUCUGGGGAUCGAUCUUCCAAUUUCCUUUCGUGCUGAGAAAAUGCGAAAGGAUUGGCGUCUUUUGUCUCGAUGCAACAAACAUGCUUUUGUAUGUUCCGUACGAAUGGCGCGGUAUCGUCACCGCAGCCAGCUUCGGCGUGGCACGCGCUUUAAUCAAUCAUCGGCCCGCAGCAUAAAAAACAAACAAGGGGUGGCGCCGGAAGCUGUACCAUAAUUUAUGCAAAGCAACAGCGACAGCUGGAGGUUGUAAAAAAAAAAAGGAGCAGUAACAAAGCGCAAAGCCCAUCAUUUGUCAAUGUUUGAUGGACCCGCAGCAAAACGGAAAAGGUAGAUGACGUGGGCAGAUGUUGCGCCCUUUCGCAUCAUUACUACUAGAGCACGACUGAUUAAUGGCUGCCAUCGGCCAUCGGCUGGAUCGGCGUUUUGCUUCCGAUAAAUUAUGUCUCCCUCAGUGAGCAUGAAGGUCAAGGAUUCUUUUGGGGGGGGAGGUGUAGAAAAAAGCGAGACACGCAUUGAACCUUGAACUUCUGUCGCAUCUCACCGUCGGGGAUAACAGUGAUUAGCGAAUGAUGUGGGAGUGACAACAUUCCAGCAGCAUACUCUCCCCCUGUUUCUAUGAGAAUUGUUGCCACUGUGCUGCUCAAGCCACUUCGUAAAUCAAUCCCAAAGCUAACCAUCCGGCGCUCCAGGUUCGUUCCACCUCGAUUGCGUUACCUUCAUUACAAUAUCCCUGGUGACAGCCUGGUCGUGUUCCAAAGGACGACACAAAUUAAAUUCCUUCCGAACUACGGUUCCUUCCAUGGUUCGUUAAGAUGCAAUAGGGUGGCGCUCACUAACACCCUUUGGAAUUAACAUCUCAAUAAGGAUCGACACCAAUUCCAAGCGGUAGGCGCAGAAGGAGCUACUGAAAGUAAUUAAUUUUAUUCAGCCGCUUUCGUUCUUACUCAAUUUACUUGUAACAUACCAUCUUUCGACCUGGUCAUCGUGAAAGCUCCCUUCAUCCAAACACUUUUCGAAUGUAUCGAGUGUUGGCACACUAACUAAGGCGGGCGAUUGGGGUGUUAAAACAACAAACCAUCUCCUCCAAUGGCUCCCUUUCAGUGAUCGGAGUACAUCCCCCAUUUUUGGGCGGAAAAUUGGGCAAGAAUAAAAUCGUAUCGAUAGCACUACUAACUUUAUCCGAGCAUCCAUACCACUUACACUGGACGUAGUAGGAAGCCGAGCUCGAGGAGCUAGCCAGCAAGGCACCGUAGAACGGUCAUAGGUGUAGUAUCGAAACCUUCUCUGCUAGCAGCAUACGGCUGUGUACAUGGUCCCAUGCAUGAACUAGAGAGGCAAUAACUUGCAGGCCACCACCACGCACAACCCCAACCCCACCCCACGAGAUGUGUAAGGUAGUAGUUUUAGCUGUGAUAACGAAACGACGACGAUGACGGGGAGUUCGGCGAAUGCUGUGUGUGUGUGCGCAUAGCCAAACACAUAGCUCUAGAUAAUUGUUGUCUGUAGAGCGCAGUAAAGUUAAAUAAUGAAACACAAAAUAAUACCAAAAAAAAAAGUAAUACAAGAAAAACAAAUACGAAACCUACAUUACCAGUAGAACUGUGGACAAUAAUGUUAUUACAGGAUGCGUGGUAGAGAGGCAUACCUUGCAUGUGGUAGGAUAUAGUCACCUUCAGCUUCAGCAACUCCCUCCACAGAACAUCCCCAUAAGCGUGUGGCAGAAUCGUUGGAUAAUUUGUGACGAGGGCGCGAGAGAGCGAGAUUGUAUUUUAUCUAACGUGUCCAAAGUGUGAAGGAUUGGAAGCGGCAGCAGCAGCAGAGAAAGCGUAAUCCUAUAAGACAUAUACCCAAUGACAAUACACAUCAAAUACCUAAAUGUGCAAAAACCCACAGACACAGAUUUUACGUAGAGAUAGAGGUGUUUGCUAGAGUAUUUAGUGGUCAGAUGCAGUCGGUUCGGAAUGGAAUCAAUUAGAGAGUUAAGCUGUCUGAGCUGGUAUUUAAACAAAGAAAAACACACGCUUUAACAUCGUUAGACACGAAGACAAAUAUCCUCCCUUUUGAAGGGUUAUUACCGUAGCCACGUUGUCGAUGUCACCGUGAGACGUGAGGUGCGCGGAUGCUGGUGCCAACGACACAGUAGAGCAGUAUGUGAUUUGCACUUGUUAUAGAACAAUUUGGCUACCACACGGCAAUGAGUUAUGAUGAUUCGGCUGCUUCCAUUGUUUUCGCUUCUGUGCAUAGUGCGUAGGUAGAGUAGUAGAAGGUAGGUGUAGGGAAGAUUGAGCCGUGGAUUUAUGAAUGAAGCUUAGUCAGAGCAGCAGUUUGCUAGUUUUAUAGUCCCCAUCGCAGCGAGUCGAGUGCGAAGAUGAGAAAACCGAACAUGCGUUCGUUACACUUUUUUAUUGCGCAAUUAGAAAAUGGCCAAAGCUCCUCCUACACAAGUCCCCACUAGACGUGCUAAACGAAUGUAUGACAAUAAAGGAAUUUAUGAAGAGCGA